UCCUUUUAGCCUCACCAGUCCCUCCCUCCCUCUCCCAGCAGGGUGGAGUCUCUCAGCUGGUCAGAGUGGUUUCAGGGUCAGUGGUAGAGGGCUGAUCCGGUCCUUCAGAGGAGGUUUCUAUUCCUCCUCACUCCUCACUCUCUUUCUAUCAGAUCCCUUAUGCCUCAACCCUCAUCCUCCUCUUUUCCGUGGCUUCCAUCUUCUUUCCUUCCUUCAAAAUAACAAAAUAAAGUUCUCUGUUCACGCCAGAGAUCGUCUCUCCUCUUCGUCCACCCUGCUCUUCCUCAUCCCUUCUUCCCUUUCUACAUUUUGGGUUCGCUGGGUUUCUGACCGUCGAGCAUGACAGACAAGCCGGGCAUGGCGAUGGGCGGCGGGGACGACGCGGGGAGCAUCAUGGCGCUGCUGGAGCGCGUGGCAGGCCUCAUGGACAGCGUCCAGACCACGCAGCAGCGCAUGGAGGAGCGCCAGCUGGAGCUGGAGACCACGGUGAAGACUAUCCAGACGGACGUCGUCAAGCUGACCGGCGACCACGCCAACACCAGCUCCACCGUCGACCGGCUGCUGGAGAAGACGCGCAAGGUCAGCCGCCACAUCAAGGACGUCCGGGUGCGCGUGGAGAACCAGAACAUCAGGGUGAAGAAGGUGGAGGCCACCCAGGGAGACCUCCUGGCCAAGAACAAGUUCAGGGUGGUCAUCUAUCAGGGUGACCAGGAGGUGAAGGCUGUCUCACCGGGCAACGAGCCAGCAGAACCCAGCGGCAGCUCCGGUGCCAGAGCCGAGGUGGAACCGGACAAGUUUGAGCUCCCUCCAGACUCGGAUGAAGAGUACAUGGUGGUGGAGGAGGCCGACUCCUCGGCCGGCGGCCGCAUGAAGAAGUCGGGGCUGACGCGCAUCGAGAGCUUCAAAGCCACCUUCUCCAAGGAGAACAUGAGCAAGACCCGCGACAACCUCGGCACCAAGGUCAACAAGUUCGGCGAGCGCAUCGUGACUGCCGAGAGGCGCGAGAAGAUCCGCCAGUCCGGCGAGAGGCUGAAGCAGUCGGGCGAGAGGCUGAAGGAAACCAUCAGCAAGAGCGUCCCGGCCAAGCUGAACCUGAAGAAGGAGAGGACCGUCGCAGAGGGCCAGGAAGGAGCCGAGGGCGCCGCCGAGGGAGCCGCACCCGUCCCGCCUCCCAAAGGACGCAAGGGCAGCCCCGCCGCUGCCAAGGCGGCCGACGACGAGGGCAAGGCGGACGAGUCCGAGGUGCCGAUGUACGACAUGAAGCAGCUAUCGUAAACCACCGGACAGCGAAGGAAGAUCUGGGCCAUUUUCUCUGGACCACUGAGACCACGAAGAGGGCGCAAAGAGAGGUUUUUAAAGGCUGCUGCUACCAAGCAGAGCGGCAGGUAGUGAAGGUGAACCUUGUGUUGAGGGAAGUGAGUCCAAUCUGACUGAACAUCAAGAGAACCAAACAGAGUCCUGAAACCAUGGCGGCUACUUCACAGUGUGUUCUGGACUUUUAUUAGCAAAUAGUCUUUCUUUUGUUUUAUGUUGAAUCAACACUGACUUUGGGAAAUAAAAGAACAAAAGUGUUCUUCUCCAGAUGAAACGUUCCCCUUCAUCGCGCCGCUGCUGUUCACAUGUGUUUGCAUGAUGGGGAGGUGGAAAUGUUGGGAGAUGAAACUGUAACGGGCUCGUGGUUUGUCUGGUUCUGUAAGAGGUUUGGAGGAGUAAUGAGAUGAAGAGUUCUGCACUCAGUGAAAUGAUUAAAGUUAAAAAGGUUAAAAACUCUGACUUGAAUAAAGUGGACUUAACAGAAGCCGUGUCUGCGUUCAAUUGUCCAGCGAACGUUGAGGAAACUUACGAGAUGUUGCAGAACAAAAAGAAGUGAGGAGCGUUUCCAUCAGCUGGUGAGGAGCGAAUGAACUAAACGUUAAUCUACCGUAAACGAACAGGUCGGCUCGACUAUCGAGAGGAAUGAGAGAAAAUAGUUUUAAUUGUGCAAACUUCAUAUCGGCCAUGUUUCAUCCGCCUCAACACCAAGAAGAGAAUAUUUAGGAGACGAUAACGGAGCUAAAUACCUAUACAUAUAAAUAAAUAUAUGGUACAAACACCUUUACAUGAUCAAUGCACUGGAGGUGCAGGGUCAGAGGUCUUUAUUAUUGAUUGAUUAAUAAACAUCAAUGAUUGAUUCAGAAUAUAAAGGUGUAGUGUAUGAAGUGUUAGUGUCAUACAUCACAGACUUGUAACAAAAAGAAAAAGAAAACGGAUGUUUUUGUUGAAGAAAACUCACUUUUUGUGUAAACAGAAGCACGAAGGCAUCAAACCUCCGACCCGAGAGAAGAAUUCAUAAAGUCUUCAGAAUUUACUGUUGAAUCGUUUAUUGUCAGGUAAUUUGCCCGUCUUUCAUUUUAAAGUUAUUUUAUUUGAAAUAAUAACAGUUUUGAAUAUGAAUAUGAUGUCAUCAAGCUGAACAUAAAGCAGGUUUCUUGUCUGUUUUUAGCGUGUUAGCAUGUUAGCGUGACUGCAUGACUGCAGUUUGUCACAGCUGUUACAUUACAGAGAAAAUAAAAGUCCUCUUGAGUCUGUUUUUAAUAAUUACAGUCAGAGAAUCUUUAACACCGACCUGUAAACACACGAUGAGCUUCAUCUUCAUAUUAAGAGAUUUAAAUGAAGGAAACUGAAGUUCUGAAUAUAAUAACUGUGUUUCUUCUUCUUGAGAGUCUGAUUGACUUUGGUUUUCUGGUUGGAUCUCUGUUCAUACAUCUCCUCUCAUGAGAUUCUUUUACAUAAACAUCAAUAAAGAAACAAGCUUCACUGCUCUGGUGAUUUAUUUUGAAGGAUUCAUCCCUUCAUUGUUAAAGUCUUUUACUUUUAAAUGUCUUAUCAUUUAAAUGUGACUCAAAGAGAUCAAAUGAGUAAACUCAUCUUCUGGUGAAGAUGAGUUUAUUGUUUAAGUAUACAAAUAUAAAAACAGACGUUACAUUAAGUUUGAUUCAUUUAUUUAUAAUUUAUGAACAAAUUCACCAAACAAACAUCUUCAUCCUCACGAACAGACGAGAGAAACAAACCUCUGAGAAAUAAAGCUACAAACAUCCGAGAGCUGAAAUCAAUAAACAGUGUUUCUAUCUUCUCACGGUUCAGUUGAACCUUAAACACAAAGACUGAACGCUUCAGUGUUCAUCAUCCCGUCGUCCAGAAAACUGUUUGAGCUUCUUUGUGUUUCAGCUGACAAACGUUAUUUUUGUUUUAUAUGUUUCUGUGUUUUUGUGUUAUUUAUUCGGUUCCGUGUGAAAGUAUUUAUAACAUAACGUGUG